AUGUCGCUCCUCGAACGCGUUGCGGAGGUAGAGACCGUCCUGGCAGACGCAGCAACGGCAGGCACAAUCGAGAAGUUCCAGCUGCUGCUCGACAAGUGGACCGCGCUCGAGGCUGACAUAGACAACUUGGCUGCUCCAGACCCCGCCGUUAUAGACGCUGCCCGCGUCGUUGCCUCGGAAAUUGCGAUAUUCACAAAGUCUCUUUUGGCCGCGCGUGAAGAACAAGACGCGCACCUCGCCGCGUUCAUGGAGCUUGCCGACCCCGACCGUGACGCGCCUGUUAUUCGCAAGGAAGCAAAACCCACCCGUCGCGCGAGCCCUAAACCGUCUCCCAUUCCCAGUACCAUCAAAACAAAAGACUCUCUGCAGCCCGCCUACAUCGAGCCGGCGUACAAGUGGCUGCUCAAGCACCUCUACUCGCCGUACCCCUCCCAAUCCGUCAAAGAGUCGCUCGCCUCCGAGUCGUCCUGCGCCGUGUCGCGGAUCACCGACUGGUUCUCGUCGAUGCGGCGGCGGAUCGGGUGGACGGCGCUGCUCCGGUCCGAGUUCGGCCGGCGGCGCGCGGACAUGCUCGCCGCCGCCGCGCGCUACUUCCACCCCGCCAGCACACAGCCACUCGCCCCCGGCCUCCAGGGCCGCUUCGCCGAGAUCGAGCUGAAUGCGCGGGAGGUGUAUGGGGAGCGGUUUAUUCCGAGUGCGCUGUCGAAUAAGAUCGCCGCGGCGGUGAAGGAUAUGACGCCUGAUCUGAGGGAGCAGGCGCGUAGUCUGCCCGUGUCGGAUGUGGGCGCGUCAACGUCCAGUCCAUCCCGAAAACGCCGACUCUCAGAAUCAGCGCUCUCCCCACCCCUCAAAAAACCACGACAACGACAAGUCUCCGACCCUACACCCACCGCCUCAUCUCCCGCAGACAUCUUCGCGCUCUCCGGCGACCCGGCCGACCUCGCCGCGUGGUUCGCGGACCCCGGGCCGGCGCUGGACCUGUUCGACCCGAACGUGGUGCUCGACAUCCACGCGUUCGACCCCGCCGCGUUCCUCGAGCUCGACACGCCGCCGCCGCUGACGCCGCUCGGCCUCCCGCAGACGACGCUGACGUUAUCCGCCGCCGCCGCCGGGCCGGUCCCGCCGCUGGACCUGAGCAUGAUGGAGGUGCUGGGCAUCGACUGUUCGUUAGACGCCCUCGGCCUGCCCCUCGCGGACCCCCUCGUGUACCAGCCGGACGACUUUGUCGGGCACGGCUUCGGCGACCCGAAUUACUUUGACAGCUACAUCCCGUUUGCGUUCCCGCUUGACGCUUCUGUGCAGUGUAUCACGUAG